UCCAUAAAAGAAAACACUUAAUUUUUAAUAUUUAUUAAUUUAAAUAUACUCUACUUUUUCAUUCAAAUGAGACGUGAAGGUAUCUUGCGGGCCAGCAAGGCGGGGAAGGCUAGUGCAGUCCAUUCUUUCGGACUGUACUGGCCGUUGUCGUUGUAUUCUGCUACCACUUACCAUCAGGUGGAGUAGAGUCAUUUGCCUUCCCGGCAAAUAUAAAAAAGAAAAAAUAAUAAUAAUUAUGUAGCAACUGCGAUUAUUUCGGUGGAGGGAUUCCAGCCUCCACGUCCCUUACCGUGGUGGUCAUGGCCAGAUAGAAUUAUUUUUACCCACCUUAUAAAUAUGACAGCUGAGCUCAUCAUGGACGCGACCUACAAACUGAGACACGCUGAUAAAAUUAGAGAAAUGCAUAGCCACAGCAUCACAUUUGAGCUGGGGUCCAUCGCUGCUGGGAUACAGGAGAGAUUCCAAAGAAUGCUAAAUAUUUAUAAGAAAUACGCGAACAUACCGGACUUUGAAAGGGCCACAUAUAAAAUUACGGAAUUGCUAAAUGCUUUUCAUGUCAUGCAAGGUGAUUACAACGAAAUACGUUUGGAGAAAGCAAUUUUUUACGACAUAGUCCGGAAGCACGAGACCACACAGGCAACUUUUAGGCACAGGGCACUACAGAAACAUCUUAUGACAACUCGUAGGAGUACUUGAUGUUGGGGGUGGAUGAAGAAGGACAAUAUUCUACUAUUAAUAAAAUAACUUUGAAAGUAA